AUGUUACAAACUGCUCAACUAUUAAGACCUCAUGUAUAUAAUGAUAAUUUGCAACACUUUAAUAUUUCUCCUCCUCCAAAUACUCUAAACUGGACUCGUGUCGAAAAUGAUCAUGAUGAAGCUGAUUCAGACAUAGAAGAAAGUCUUAAAAGUCAAGGUAUGCAUAGUUCAGAUGAAGCAGAAUCCACAACUGAUGGAAUAGUUCGAGGUGCAGGUUCAAGCAGGGGUACUACUAAAG